GCGUUGUUGUUAUUGUUUUCUGAUCGGCCUCUGGUAUGCGCGACGCGAUGACGGAGGUGUACAGCUUGGUUGUGGUGGCUGUCACCUUGAACCCCUACCCUGUAUGCGGUGCUUCGUACAGCACUGUACGGAGUACACCUGACGAUCUGCCUUGCAGCGCUGCACGGACAGGACCCCGUCAUUCCAUGGUUUCCCUACUGAUCUUUCCUCGGGUGGCUCUCUCGUACCCUGUAAACUCCUGUGACAGAGAGGGAUUUAUUUCCUGGCUUGCGGACAAGUGACGGCAGGGGUUUCCUUUGCUUGUUUACGUGAUGUGCUCUCCGUCGUGUUGUCUCGAGUUCAGUCUGUGUUUAUAAUUUAGGCAAAUGGGAACAAACUCGCAGUGGUGUUCAGG